GUUGCGGUUUUUUGCGGUGACAGCAAAGCGGCACACGCCAUGUUCAGUAGAAACAAAAGGGCCAAGUUUCCACUGAUUGGUUGCCGGGUAAAGAAAUAACAUCGCUGGUUAGUUAGCUAAAUUUAAUGAAAAAUGAUAAAACGAGUAUGAGAAGGGAUUAUUUUUUGGGGGCGGGGGGCUGAUUGGAAAAUUGCUGGAAGUUGUUACAAUGCCCUUUCCGUCUACAAACCAGGUGUUGUUGGGUCGGGAAACACCCAAGCACUAUGGGAUCACUUCUCCUAUCAGCCUGGCCCAAGCCAAGGAGACUGACCUGGUCCUCACACACAGGCUGACUGAGGCCCUGAAACCAUAUGGGGUGUUUGAAGAGGAGCUGGAACUACAGCGCAGAAUACAUGUGUUGGGAAAACUGAACACACUGGUGAAGGAAUGGAUUCGUGACGUCAGUGAGACAAAGAAUCUGCCUGCCUCAGUGAUUGAAACGGUUGGAGGGAAGAUCUUCACAUUUGGGUCCUACAGGUUAGGAGUCCACACUAAAGGUGCUGACAUUGAUGCCCUGUGUGUGGCUCCUCGGCAUGUGGAGAGAACAGACUUCUUCUCCUCGUUCCUGGACAAGCUGAAGGAGCAGGAGGAGGUCAAAGAUUUGAGAGCUGUCGAGGAGGCAUUUGUCCCCGUGAUAAAGCUGUCUUUCGACAGCAUUGAGAUCGAUAUCCUGUUUGCUCGGUUAGCGUUGCAAACCAUCCCAGAGAAUCUGGACCUCCGAGAUGACGGGUUGCUGAAGAACCUUGACAUCCGCUGCAUUAGGAGUCUCAAUGGUUGUAGAGUUACAGAUGAAAUCCUCCAUCUUGUGCCCAACAUUGAGAACUUCAGACUGACACUGAGGACCAUCAAGCUGUGGGCUAAACGUCAUAACAUCUACAGUAAUAUCCUGGGCUUCCUGGGUGGUGUCUCCUGGGCCAUGCUGGUAGCCAGGACCUGCCAGCUCUACCCCAACGCCGUGGCCUCCACCCUCGUACACAAGUUCUUCCUCGUCUUCUCCAAAUGGGAAUGGCCCAACCCUGUUCUCCUGAAGCAGCCAGAGGACUGCAACAUGAACCUGCCAGUCUGGGACCCCAGGGUAAUGCUGAUCAUAAUGUUGAACCUGCCAGUCUGGGACCCCAGGGUGACCCCCAGUGACCGGUACCACCUGAUGCCCAUCAUCACACCAGCCUACCCCCAGCAGAACUCUACCUACAACGUCUCUGCCUCUACGCGUGCCGUCAUGGUGGACGAGUUCAAACAGGGUCUGUCCAUCACAGAUGAAAUUUUGCAGAGUAAAGCAGAGUGGUCCAAACUAUUUGAAGCACCAAACUUCUUUCAGAAAUACAAGCAUUAUAUUGUGUUGCUAGCAAGCGCCCCCACCGAGAAGCAGCACCUGGAGUGGGUUGGUCUGGUUGAGUCUAAGAUCAGGAUCCUUGUGGGAAACCUGGAGAAGAAUGAGUUCAUAACGUUGGCCCAUGUCAACCCCCAGUCAUUCCCUGGACCCAAGGAAAGCAGGGAGAAAGAGGAGGUCAGCACCAUGUGGGUGAUAGGGGUUAUCUUUAAGAAGAUGGAGGCAUCUGAGAACCUCAACGUUGACCUGACUAUUGACAUCCAGUCUUUUACUGACACGGUGUACCGGCAGGCGAUGAACAGCAAGAUGUUUGAGGCGGACAUGAAGAUCCAGGCCAUGCAUGUGAAGAGGAGACAACUUCACCAGCUACUGCCCGACCUGGUCAUGCCCAAACGCAGGAAGCACUCGACAGAGGGGCUUCGUCAGAUGAAUGACAGCAGUCUGGACUUAUCGUUAGACAGUGACAACAGUAUGUCUGUGCCAUCCCCCACGGCCAUGCCAGCCACUGUGCCCACGUCAACCCCAGUGAAGUGUGGCCCACUAGGUCCCCCUCCAAGUCCCCUUGCGGCUGCAGCCGGCCAGCCUGAGGCCCCAGCUGUGAAGAGACCUGGCUCCCCUAUGCAGGAAGAGAGGAAGCGGUUCAAAUCAGAUGCUGAGGAUUCAGCUGUUGAGAAAAAGCCUUCAGGAGACACAGUCCCCACAAGCCUGACCCCCUCUCCUCCACCCACCAUGGGCCCCCCAGCGGCCCCCCUCACCUCUCGCCAGGAGAUGCUGGAGGAGGAGAACCCCUCCCCAGUCCCAGAGACUAGGACAACAGAGAAUGGGGCAGCUGCCGGAGAGGAGUGCACCACUGUGGAGGCACAGGUCAAUGAGGACAGUAUGUCCGAGGAGAUGCCUGCUUCUGAAGGGGAAGGCAAGAUGGAGGCAGAUAUUAAGCGAAUGGUCAGUGCAGAUCUGUCUGAUGUGCCCCUCCUGCCAGCCAACCCCAUUCCAGUGGUGAAGAACUCUAUAAAGCUUCGCCUCAGCAGGUAGGAGAGAGGACAGACAGACGCAUCUACUCGCCUCCCAGGCCCCCGGCCCCUAUACCCUGAACUCUACUGUGGGUGUCCUAAGACAUUCUCAGUCCUUUGCCACGGAAUGCCCACAGUGCUGCAGAUAGACCGACAACACAGGCGACUAGACAGACCGUCAUCUCUUUUCAACCAGGGACAUUGUCAAUUGACAUGAAGGACGUAGCUGCAACUGUCUCCACAAGAGGGCGAUGUUGCUCUUCUGCUGAAUUCUCCUAGGUGGCUUCCAACCUAUACCUUACUGGUUAAAGGGUAGAAGUUGUCCCAUAGACACAGAUCUAGGAUCAGCACACCUUCCCCUGAGUCUUAGUAAAACACAAAACGGACCCGAGAUCAACAUGUCGGCAUCUUCAUCCUACUCCUUCCAGAGCUGCUGGUUACCAGGAAUAAACAACGUGACAUAAAGAUGUCUGCAUGCACAGGAAAGAUGACGUGUGUGUGCUGUGCGUGGACGUGGAUGCUCAUUGGUUCGUUCUCUUCUUCUCUCCUCAUUGUGUUGUCCAGAGAACAGAUGAUGACAGAACAAGUUCUGUUGACUAAUGAUUUUGGGAUUUCUUUGUCCCAGUGGUUUACGGUGUGUGUGUGUGUGUUUGUGUGAGUGAAGUACCUUGGUAUGAUGUCAAAACGUACUUUGAGUAAUAAAGAAGAGCAGAACGGAAAAUGAAGAUUGGGUCAGUGGUGUUAGAUGUCUUCCUGUUACCGUUGUGAUAUACCGAAGUGUGUAACAGAUGACCGGUUACGGCUGCGCCAAAGGUAGUACACUAUCAAGGGAAUUGGGUGCCAUUUGGGACGCCCAAAGCUAAUCACUGUCAGUCAGUCAACUGUUGGGAUGUGAGGUGGCCUUUGGGGUUGUAAGGAGAUGUAUAGAAAAGGGUAUGAGGGUGUUUGGGAGGCAUCAAAAAGACAUGGACACAACGCUUGCUAAAGGAACUAGCUCAGGUUCGAGUACAUACACAACACAAUAACUUUGACCAAAAAAAAAUAAAGCUCAACUUCUGUGGAAAAAGAAUAGCUUAGUCUCUUCAGGAUAGUUUAGUGUUUUUAUUACGGUAGUCGUAUGUACAGCAUACACAUGGAAAACAUCGUCUGACGAAAUGCUAACUGGUUCCUUCUGGACAAUGCAACAAUAAUAAGACCUAAUAAAAUAUAACAACAGGAACAUGAAGUACAAGUCACAGUAGAAUAGAAUAAACCUUAAUAAUUUCUAGUACAAUAUUUGGACAGAGUAGAAUAGUCAAUAGUGAUACAGGUCUAUCGUCUAGAGAUGACGGGGAGUUAAGAGUUGAGUUCUACAGGAAUGUUCAGAUUAUAUCAGAGGAAAAUAUGGUUUUAGAGGGCUAUGGCUGGCAUGUUGAGUGGAGAAGUGGUCUGGUGUCUUGAGUAGACCAUUUAGUUAUAUAUAUGCAUAGACUUUGAAUGAAUAGAGCGGGUGUAGUACCUCUGACUAUUCUAUUCAUUCUGAUUCUAUGUAUACAUGCAUUGUACAGUAACUGUUAGUGUCAUGUACCAAAAACAUAAAUGAUGAAAAACUAAGCUUUUUCUUUUGCGUGGAACAUGUAAGACUUGAGCUUUCUCAUUGUUGGACUAUUUGAAUAGAAAUAUAAUUACUCAACUAUCACGCAGAAGGUUAAGAGCACAAAUAUUCUUUGUUGGCUAUUAAUUUCUGAUUUACUAGGUCAUAACAUAAUUGGAAUUGGCCAGAAUAGUCGACAGGUUGAAUACUCGAUAGUAUUGUUAGAGGACGACAGUUAUUUUUGGUUUCACUUUUUUUUUUUUUUUUAAGUUUUAAAACAAUGUGUACUGAAUUUUCACUUACUCAAUAUUUUGUUGAUGUCUUAGCAAAAUGUAGCUUUUGUCUCGGUUGUUUUGUGCUAAUUGUGUGGGACUCGUAUGUUAACGAUGAAUCUGAAUUUAGACCGCUGUCAACAUAGAGUGCGUUAAUCUACAUGAAUAGAUAAUUUCCUUCAAUGACAAAACAUUAUUUCCCGUUCUUACAAUGCUCUUUUUCAGUUAAAUGGUUUCUUAGGUGUAUUUGUAAGGAUGAGGUAUUGUACUUUUUUUUCCCCCCCCACCAAAAAUAAAGCUCUACGUUGCAAAAAUG